AGUUGUGAUGGUAACCCUCGUAGUGUCAGCUCUAUCACCAGGUUACAAUUCAUCGUCGAUUGCUGCUCGAUGGCUGCAGUUUGGCAAGAGAUCGUUGCUGAAUGCGGAAACGCAGGAAAAUCGCAGAUAAGUCACAGCGAAGAUUUGGACGUUACGCUGGACGAUGUCUGCGCGAUAAAUUGCCGAAAAUUCAACAACUGACAAUUGGCAAAUUCUCUGUCGAACGUUGGAACCAGACAGACCCAAGAAAAUUGUACUCGAAAUAAGAAAAUACCGUAAUUAGCGCUCUUUUUAUCGGAAACUUGAUAUUGGAAUUAGGAAAUUAGCAUAGUCAAUAAACGCAGGAAGACGAAGAGUAGGACUCCUUUCUGACUCUUUUCUCGAUCAAUUCUUCGCUUGAGAUUUCACAGUAUUUUGUUUGAAUAAACACAGAGACAGUUUCUGAAUAUCCGCAAGUUUGACAGUAGCUGUGGCUAUUGACAGUGUCUCGGACGACACUGGAAGAAAGAUGACAAGCAACGUAAAGGCUUUCUGUACGUACAGCGAACAGUUUAAAAGGUGUUAACGAAGUUUCUUCGACAAAUUCUUCGCUCGAAAUUUCUUUAUUACGUUCGGAGGCUUAGGUUGAAAAUUAGAACGCGUUUCGACGCUGUCUCGAUAAAUACGUAGAAGCAGAAAGCUGACAAGAACGUAUUACUAAAUAUUUAACGUGACAUUAUGACGCCAUGAUUUCUGCUCUACAUUCCGCAACUAGGUCAAAAUACAAGAGCCACGAAUUCUCCGCGGCUAUGAACGCCCGAUCUAACGAUCGAUAACGAACGACAGCCAUAAUCCACGACGAUGAUAAUCGUAACGAUUACAAAUAUCUUGCAGCGAUUGGAACUGAAAUACAACGUGGAAAUAUGAAAAACGUGCGAGGAUUGUUGAACGAAAAAAUAUACCUGCAACGUCUGUUAAAUUGCGGAUGCUGCGUAGAAGCUUGCGAAGAAAAUACACUUUCGCCAACUUUUCUAAAAAUAAACCUUCGCAAGCUUGAACAAAGUUUAAACUGUUAGAGACUUGCUGCAUAACGAGACACGCGUUGAAUCGUUCGUUUAACAUAGAAACAAGAGGAUGGCGCGUAUCAAUGGCCAGGUAAUAAACCGCUAAUCAAAUAAGGAAAUUGUAGUCUGUUUUCGUGGAAGCCGGGAGUUCUGAAGUUUCGUCGCCAGAGCUAUGAACUUGACAUCCAUAAGAGCGACCUUCCACCCAGCCACGUAACGCCGUAUCGAUUGCUCGUCAACGGAACGCUGACGUAAACUCCUAACUGCAAUAGUUUAAUUGAAUCUGGAAGCUUGAAGCAUCGAUGACGAGCUAUCAAAUGGCUAAUUAAACAGCGAACUCGCGGCUACUCCAUCGAAUCUGCGGCUUGCGAGUUUCGCUUCGCGGAUCCUGUGAACUUGAGGAUCGCAAGGUCGGCCCUGAAGCCACAGCCACGUGGUAUCGUAUCGGAUUGACGCAAGUUGAAUCGCUUCUCGCGUCGAAGAGGUGCGAACAAUGGGCCAUAAAAGAAUAGAAAGCUGGCACUUUGAAUAUAACUUCUCGAAGGUGAAUGAUAAAUAGAAGGUGAAUGAGGACCAUGUAAGGUGUAAAUAUCGUGUGUAUCUCUGGUGAAGAGCAGGUGACAAAGACGCGAAGAAGAAGGUUAGUGUUCACUCGUGGAAGCGACGAGGAAUAGCCAUGAAAGAUGAAGCGCAAGGAAAGAAAGAAGCAGAGCAGAAAUACGUCGAUUCGAUCGAAACAACUGCAACCCCCCGGAGUCUCCAUGGACAUGGAAUCGUCCUGGGCAGCUCAAGAGAUCAAGUCCAAUCUGAAUAAUAUGGCUCGCUUUCAGCAGAAGCAACUGCAGGAGAAGGAGCAGAAGUUGCUGCAGCUUUACGACCAACAACAGCAACGAGCUUAUCAAGUGGUGCAACGAGGCAGCGCCGGCUCCAACAGCUCGAGUCAUGCUACCUCCAUCAGCCAGCACACCGUCACAAAGACCUCGAGCAGCAGCCAUACAACCUCGACCUCGCAAGGUGGAAAGGUGAGGCAGAUGUUCGACGAAAGACGGCAGACGACGGUGAAGGGCAUCGACAGAAGCUACCCACUGGAGCCGCUGGAGAACAAAUCGCGGAAACAGACGAACGGAAACGGCGUGCAGAAGAACGGAAAUUUGACGGUGAACCGACAGUCGGUGACUGUGAAACGAGUAGCCAAAGCUGACGUGAACAGCAAUUUGAACGGUGGCAAACCGAUCGUCUCGUAUCACGAGGAAAUCAGUCGAGAAUCGUUCGGUCCGUGCGCGCGCCAGCACCAAGAGGAUGACGAGUUUGGAAACGAGAACCACGUCGCGCAAUAUGCGAAUGGAAACCAUCGAGACGAGACACGUAUGGAGGAAGUUUUGGACGAAGAUAUGAUAGAAAGGAAUCGUAUGAUGGCGAAGCUUCAUCUGAUGGAGUACGACGAGACGUUGAAGCACCGUGUUAAAAACGACCUCGAGAGCGAGGAAUUCCCCGAGGACUUUAUGGUCGAUGUUCCUGACAAGCUUCCAAAACAAAGUGUUACCAGGAAGUUAUCUCAAGCGGAGGUCAGGUUGGAACGCUUUAAAAACGCGAACGCGAGGCGUGGUAACAACGUUACGAAGAACCCAGCCAUUGGCCCGAAGAAACGAUCUGACCCAAUAUUUCCAGCAAAAUCCACUUGCAGCGCCAGCCGAAUGACCAACACAGCUUCAGACAGAAGAUCGAACGACGGGAAAAGUCCUGCAAGUAGCAAAUCCAGAGGGAAGACACUGGUCUCUGGAAAUGUGGGGGAAAUGGUAUCGUUGGAUUCCGGGAGAAAUGUGAGACGAAGAGACGAAAAUCCACGGUUCUUCUGCGAAGAGUACGAGAAGUCUGCCACUGUGCACGCCGUUGGUUCGAAAACCGCGAGGAAAUUGUCGCCUGAUUUGUCUGAAGAUAGAAUACGAAGAAGCGAAAGGUCUGCGAUAUUUAAUAAAGAGAAAUCUGCUAUUAAAUACCCGAUAGACUCGAAAGCUGCAAGAACAUCGACAUCCGAGUCGCUUAAAGAUAAGACAGGGAAAAGACAAAGUCGCGAAUUAUUCUCUAAAGAUGCUGGAAAAUCGACCGUAACUUCUGCGACUGGCGCAACAACUGCUAGGAAAUUGUCUUCUGAAGCUUUAAGAGAUGUCAAGGAUCAAGGCGAUCAUGGUAAAUUUAUCGCCGAAGAGUCUGAAAAAUCAGCAACGACUUACGCGAUUCGUCCAAAGUCUGCAGAGAGACCGAUUCGUGAAGUUUCCGAAGUUACAAAGGACAUUAAGCGACGAAGUGAAAGUCCGAAAUUCUUCUGCAAAGAGUCUGAAAGAUCAGCAACGACUUACGCGAUCGACUCAAAGACUGCAGAGAAGUAUACUCGCGAAAGUACGAAAGAUACGGGGGAUUUGAAACGACGAAGUGAAAGUCCGAAAUUCCUCUCCAAAGAGUCUGAAAAAUCAGCAACGACUUACGCGAUCGACUCAAAGACUGCAGAAAAGUAUACUCGUGAAGCUACGAAAGAUGCGAGGGACUUGAAACGACGAAGUGAAAGUCCGAAAUUCUUCUGCAAAGAGUCUGAAAAAUCAGCAACGACUUACGCGAUUCGUCCAAAAUCUGCAGAGAGACCGAUUCGUGAAGUUUCCGAAGUUACAAAGGACAUUAAGCGACGAAGUGAAAGUCCGAAAUUCUUCUGCAAAGAGUCUGAAAGAUCAGCAACGACUUACGCGAUCGACUCAAAGACUGGAGAAAAGUAUACUCGCGAAAGUAUGAAAGAUACGGGGGACUUGAAACGACGAAGUGAAAGUCCGAAAUUCCUCUCCAAAGAGUCUGAAAAAUCAGCAACGACUUACGCGAUUGCAGCAACGACUUACGCGAUCGACUCAAAGACUGCAGAGAAGUAUACUCGCGAAAGUACGAAAGAUACGGGGGAUUUGAAACGACGAAGUGAAAGUCCGAAAUUCCUCUCCAAAGAGUCUGAAAAAUCAGCAACGACUUACGCGAUCGACUCAAAGACUGCAGAGAAGUAUACUCGCGAAAGUACGAAAGAUACGGGGGAUUUGAAACGACGAAGUGAAAGUCCGAAAUUCUUCUGCAAAGAGUCUGAAAAAUCAGCAACGACUUACGCGAUUGACGGAGAAACAAGUAAAAAAUUCUCACUCGAAGGUUUAAAAAGCGUCAAGAAACGAAGCGACAGUCCAAAACCUACAACUUACGCGAUCGAGCCAAAGUCCGCAGAAAGAUUGAUUCGUGAAGUUUCCGAAGAUAUAAAGGACGUUAAACGGCGAAGUGAAAGUCCGGAAUUUUUCUGCAAAGAGUCUGAAAGGUCAGGUACCACUUACGCGACUGACUCAAAGCUCGCAGGAAAAUUAGCCCGUGUUUCUUUGAAAGAUAUAAAAGAUGUUAAACGACGAAGUGAAAGCCCAAGAUUCUUCUGCAAAGAGUCUGAAAGAUCAGCUACCACUUACGCGAUCGACGCAAAAACAAAUAAAAGAUUCUCUUUCGAAGAUUUAAAAGACGUCAAGCAACGAAGCGAUAGUCCAAAAUCCACAACUCACGCGAUUGACUCAAAACGUGCGGGAAGAUCGAUCCGUGAACCUGCUGAAGACAUAAAAGACGUUAAACGACGAAGUGAGAGCCCGAGAUUCUUUUGCGAAGGAUCUGAAAGAUCAGCUAAAACUUACGCAAUUGAUCGAAAGGCUGCUAAUUCCAUGAAGACCAGAACACCACGUAGCGAUAGUCCGAAAUUCUUCUGCAAGGAAUCGGAGAAAUCAGACACGGCUUAUGCGAUAGACUCGACAAUUCUUCCAACGUCCCCUAAUUAUAUGAAAGACAGUAAGAGCUCCGUAUUAAAAAUCGAAUCAAAGAACAAAAAGGAUACGACUAUUAACACGAUAAGAGAAUCAACGAACGACGCCAUGAAGAGACACGCUACAUUUCCCAAACGCGAUGCAGUCAGCAAAUCUUCUUCUUUGGAAAGUGCAAAAUAUGACGUGAUAUCUUGCGCGAAACCCGAGUACCAAACUCUGCGUAAAUUUACCGAAACCAAGUUACCUGACGUUUUCGAGCGUCUAACAAGAGAACGUAGCUCGAGUCCUCGGUCUUUUUGUCGCGAAGGCAGAAGAUCAGCCACGACGAUGAGCACUCGCAACAGGGACACCGAGUCCACCUCUGUAUCUGCAAACGCGGUCGAGGAAAUGAAAAAGAAAGGCAGCGAGAGUCGAAGAGUCGGUUCUGGAAAGCGCGAUGCUUCGAUAAUUCGUGCUGACGAAUCGAAAUCACCAGACUUCGCGAAAGCAUCGUCCAGAAGCUGCAGCGUAAGUCCGCAGUACUUCGGCUCGGAUUCUGACAGAUCCGCCAGCGUCCUGAUGGUCACGCCGGAGACGAUAGUGAAAGCAAAAACAGAUCUAGCGUGGUGCAGGAAAAGAGAACAAAGUCCUACGUUGUACGUUUCCAAAGGCGAGAAGCUCGUCACGAACGUACCGAGAGAAGCGACAAGAGGAUCGUCGACAGAAAGCCAUGACGAGACAGCGAAACGCUUCAUCAGAAGCUCGGUAUCGCGAUUUUUCUCGGAGCAAUGUGAAAGAGCAGCGAGAAACGUGGAGCCGAGAAAGCUUCAACUGACAGACGCCAGAACACCGAGUCAGACGAAGUCGCAGUUCGAUGAUGGACGAGCUGAGAGGGACGAGAGAACGAGUUUCGUCGCAGACGGCAGUCGCGACUCGUCGCCCGGGUCUCGAGAAAUCGUGGAAAGUAGAGAAGAAACGCCAGAAUCCUUGCGUUACGAGACAGAAGAGUGCGCCAUUGCUACGAGCCUUCAGCCUGAAAUUUGCACAGACGUUGAGCAACCGCCCAAAGGUGCGCACUCGCUUAAACAAACAGUUACGCGUGAGAUUACGGCAAGGCCAAGGAAUCUAUCGACCAACGUCAAGGACAGAUUCUCGAAGAGUCCUUUAAGCGUCAAGGACGACAAUUUGACAGCCGAAAACGCGAAUGCACUUAGCCGUAGAGGGUCCGCCGGUGUUCUACGUUCGACGAAACUGAUUCGCGACGUACUGCAGCGUCAGAGUGGCCAAGAUCAGGUGGAUGCUUCGCCUGGAAUAUCCAGCGAAUGGGAAGAGCGACCGAGGGCCGACAGGAUGCAGGCAGAAACGAGGGUGGACAGGAAAGUUGAGGAAAGAGCUGGGACGCCGACUGGUCGCCAACUGGGAUCGAAAAGUUACAGGUCCGUGGAAGUGGACACGCAGAUCGGAGAAGUCAGGACGCCUGAACGAUACGUAAAACAGGAACAGCUUCGAGGCACUUACUCGAGAUCGAGCAAGGGAACAGCCUGCGAGAAGUCGAGUGUUGGAAAGUUGCUGACGUAUUCCGUGCGCAAGCCGGUUAAACAGAGAGGGUCGUUGCUGAAGUCGAACAUUUUCCAGCAAUCACUGAGAGGUCGAGAUUCGGCGGACGAGAGGCCCGUUAGCUCGAAACGUACAACGCGAAUUGCGUCUCUGAAGAAGGAGCCUGCAGCUUGUGCUCGUAGCUUGCAGAGUCGAACGAAGGGAAACACGGCAAAUGGGAAGAACAAGAGCGACACUUUGAAGGCUCGCAGCCAAACAGCGAGUCCGAUCUCAGCAAGCAGCGGAAAGACGAGCUCAGAGACGGUUGCUGAUAAGAGGAACAUGGACAGAUACGAUGCUUCGAAGCGUAUAACGCGAACGUCCAACGAAUCCAUCGCUCGUGGCUCGGAAGGAGCAACUGAUGUGGCAGAUCGAAGCGGCGAAACCAAAAUCCCAAGAGCUGGAGCACGAACUGCCAGGAAGCAGAGUAUCGCGGAUGAGAGGAAGAAAGGCAAGACGUCUAAACAGGCUGAAAUUUUGAAGUCCACGCAGCUCGUUCGCAGUGCUACAAGAGGAUCAGACUUUGCGCAGGAAUCACGAAAAAUGGUUGGCGAAUCAGUUGACGACGGUACAGUCAGAGACGAACAGACUGAAAUGAGGAAAAGUUGCUGCCCCUCGACGAUCGAUAUUAGAAGGUCGGAGGCCGGCUUAACUUCUAUAAAGGAACUUUCCAAGAAUUACGAGAGAACAGACUCGGUGGAGUCGGCUCUCAGACGUUUCGAUUCGAUCGGAACUGAGGCUGAAUCGAUCCGAGGCACGUUGGAACGAAGCGUGGAAUCGAUACCGAAGGAAAUACGAAGGAAAUCUGGCGGAAGCAUUGGCCGCAAGGCUGACUCAAAGACGAUUUCGCCGAAAGCACUUGAUCCACCGAAUGUAAAUCUUUUCGCUAAGAGAACGUGCUCCAGCAAAGCUACGACCGUAUCCAGAAGCGCAAUGGCCGCCGCUAAAGGGAGGCAGGCUGAAACGCAAGAAACGCGGAGGCAGAAAAAAUUGGAGAAAGCCAAAGACUCGAUAGAGAUCAGCCGAAUUGCCAUAAGAUCGAGAUCGCUGUCGUGCAAGCGGAAGCUUUUCCAGCACACUGAUUCCAGCGAGACUGGAAGCGUUGCAUCGAGGUGCAGCAUCGAUUCCCUGAGAACCGUGGAACGUCUCUCGACGACUUCCAAUAAGAAGAAAACGCGCGACUCGGUGAAUACCACGUCGAAACGCUUCGAAUUCUCUGGCAACGACGAGACGUCGACGCAGACGAUAGACAAAGCAGAAACGGAUAAAAUGACAACAGGUGUGGGUUGCUCAUCGACGAAGCAACUGAGAUCGAUCGAGGAUAUUCGUAGGUCGAUCGAGGACGAAAGUUGGGAUCGCGAAACGGGGCAACCGUCGGUGAUGUCGGCGAUCGUAGGCAGCGUGGCGAAAGCAGCGGGUCGAUCGAAACCUCGUCGAAUAAAUGUCAAUGAUCGCGCUGGAAAUAGAAAAGAGAUAUGUUCACCGGGGCGGUCGAUGAACCUUACCGCGAGCAACGACGCUUUAGGGGAUACGGAGCGUUCGUCUGUAAAGUGUACGAUGCGUUUCUCCAGGGUCGCGAAAAGUCCGAGCCCGGAGACGACCAAGGAAACGAGCAUCCGUGCGAGAAGAAACAUCCCAACGUCGCCGUCCAAAAGUCCGGACACGGUCGCUAGGCGUGCGUCGAGCGAGUUGAAAGCUCAAGACACAAGAUCGACGAAACGGCCAACGACUAUGAAAGGCACCGAGCCAAUUGGAAACAGGAAGGCGUUAACGGCGACGAGCACAACUACGAAAAAAUCAGCGGACGUGGUCGAUAGCGCUAUUCUCGAGAAUGGUCUGCAUUUACGAGACCAAACUGCCGAAACGAAAUACGAUAACGACUCGCCUACGAAGAAAAGCGACGCUCUGGUCGUCGACUUGGACGAGCAACCGCCGAAGGAAAACGAGCCACUUCCGCGGAAACCGCUCUUACGAAAACAGUCCACCGAGAAACAGAUUACUUCCAUGCAAUCAACACGGCCACCAUCGGUUUCGUCCACAUCUGGUGGUAGCCCCAUGCAAGGUCAGACUUCCGGUUCUAGAAGCAAAAUGGCUUCGAGAGCAAAGACGCCAAUUUCCGGUUCAACGGGAUACAAAGGAUCAGCUUCCAGCAGAACCGGAGGAACCGCGGCAGCGACAUGUUACAGUGACGCUCUGGUUCCUUGCAAAAUGUGUGGCCGCCGUUUCGCUCAAGAUCGAGUAACCCUUCACGAGCAGAUUUGCGCGAAAACGACCCAAAAAAAGAGGAAACAAUUCGAUACGAUGAUGUAUCGCGUAAAAGGCACCGAUCUCGAACCGUUCGUGAAAAAAGGACUUGUGAAAAAACAAGUGGAGAAAUCGAAGAAGCCGGAGAUAAAGUCGAACUGGCGGCGCAAACACGAGGAUUUCAUUAACGCCAUACGCUCGGCCAAACAAGUACAAGCACACCUGGCCGCAGGAGGCAAGCUCAGCGAUUUGCCACCGCCGCCGGUUAGCGAUAACUACGAUUACAUUCAGUGUCCCCACUGCGGAAGAAAAUUCAAUAAGGCUGCCGCCGAGCGUCACAUUCCCAAAUGCGAACACAUGUUGCACAAUAAGCCGAUACACUCGCGAGCGCCGAAACCAAGGCGUUAAUUCUGCCGGAGUCAUUUCUGCUAAACGAUCUUUCUAUAUACGUACAUCGAGCAGGAACAAGAUAGAUAAAAGUGUCUUUAUUUUGAGAAAAAUCAACUUGAAAUAAAUUUUGGAAGGAGAAAAGGAAACCAGAACGAAAGAUUAAAUUAAAUCGUAGCUUGAAGCGUGAUGUUAUAUUUAUAGUAAAAUGUGAAAAAAUAUAGACACAAUAAUUACGAUAUUUUUAAUAGAACGCAGCUUUCAUGAAGCACCUUGUCUCUAUCUUGUUCGUGCGAUCGAUACAGUUUUAUACAAGCGUCGCGUUGAUUAUGGAAUACUUAGAAAAUGUUGUAUGGGAUCUUACAUAAAUGGAGAAAAAAUCUCGCAGAAGACCGUCAUCUAUCGGACAUGUGCAGAAGACGAAUGUAAAAGCGAUUUGUAUCUACUGCUUGAAAUCUAUGGGUUUCCUCCGUGUAUUUGGGACAAAUGUAUUUUCCAAUUAUACUAAAAUAAAAUACGAAUUUUCUCUACACCCUGUAUAUACAUCUGUACGUAGCGAAACGAACAAAUAUGUUUGAUCGUUAUUUUUUCAAAAAAUAUGCAGACAAAAGAUAUGCAGAAAUGAUAAUAUAUACAUAUAUUUCCUCUGUUUAUUUUGUGAAUUAAAAGAUCAUGAACUAAUAACUAUCUGUUUAAGAGAAAUUAAAAUUUACGGCAUCUCGUUGUGAAAAUUUAACAUAUAUUUUGGAACGCUUACUUUUUACGUAUUUGUAUCUUUUUAUACAAUAAUAGUAGCGAAAUAUUGUAUGGCUAUUUGUCGCAUUGUAAUCGAUCCUCCCAAAACAAAGAACGUAUUGUGUCCUCGUAUAAUAACCGUAUGUAAUUAGUGAACGUUGUUUAGAGCUGAUGAAUUAA